CGCCAAGAAUGUUUCGCUACAACUUUCAGGAUUUUCCCACGGCGCCCGGUGCGGAAACGAGCGCCACGAGCAGUGUGCCGGCGGCCCCCGCGUUCACGACGACUGCGGAGAAGAAGUCUUUCGGGGACAGAUGCGAGCGCUUGCGGGAAAAUGCGAUCACGGGAGUGGUCAGCACCCCUUUUCACAAAACACGGCCUAUUCCCAUCGUGUACACGGAUUUCACGGCCUCGGGCCGCGGACUCAAGACGAUUGAGGACCAGAUUACGGCCACCGUGCUCCCCACCUACGGAAACACGCACACGCUGACGACGGCCACCUCGCGGCAGACCACCUUUUUCCGGACCGAGGCACGGAACAUUGUCCGACACGCCCUGAACUGCUGUCCGAUCAACGACGCGGUGAUUUUUUGCGGCAGCGGAAGCACGGCGGCCGCGAACAAGUUCGCGAAAAUUGUGGAAAGCCAAAUUCGCCGGGAGCACGACAACUUCUGGGAGGCCUGCAGGACGAGUGGAAGCUCGGCGAGAAAGAAAGGCUCCGGAAGCAAGAAGCUUACGGACAACAUUCGCCAGUUCUUCAAAGAGGAUCGAUGGGGGAGCUGCGAGUGCUCGUUGUGCAAUGUGCGGCUGAAGAACGAGGCGUGCUUCCGUGCGCACCUGCAAACAACCAUGCACGUCGAAAACGAAAAGAAAAUCGGCGUUGGGGAGGACAGCACGACGGUAGAAGAAGGUUGUGACGUACUAUUGGCCCGGGAAGCUGGUACAGAAGAUGACGCAUCUGCAGUUGUAGAGAAGGUGGUUACAACGGCUACUCCCUCGCGAAGGAAAACCAUUUUUUUUCUCGAUCCCUUCGCGCACCACUCCUCGUCGCUCCCCUUCCGAGAGUUAGCCGCGCGGUACCCGGACUUCUGCGAGUGCGUCGAAUGCAACGAGGCCCUGGACGUGGACGCCUUCGAGACAAUUCUGUUAGAGAAGGUAGCUUCGUACCGACGCGUGGACAACAGCACCAGCACGGCUACCUCUGCCCCGCCCGAGCUGUACGCGAUCCUCUGCGCGGGGAGCAAUGUCACGGGCAAGCUCCGCGACGUGGCGUUUCUGACCCAGAAACUGCACAAGCAGAACUGCCGGGCGGUGUGGGACUUCGCGGCUGCGGGCGCUCACUGCAAGAUCGACGUGAACCCGAAGAAUGUGCACGACGCGGGGAUCGAUGCCGCGUUCUUCUCUCCCCACAAGCUGCUCGGCGGGCCCGGGUGCAGCGGACUGCUGGUGGCGAAGAAGGACCUGUUGCAGGAGAACGUGGUGCCCACCGUUCCCGGCGGCGGCGUAGUUUUCUACGUGUCCGACAAGGGUCACAGUUACAUCCAGAAUCACGAGGAGCGCGAGGAGGCGGGGACGCCCAACAUCCUCGCAGAUAUCAAGACGGGCAUGGUCUACAAGAUUCACCGAGACAUGUACGACAGGAUGGAAGCGCGGGAACAGGAGCUGCGAGAAAAAUUCCUGCAAAACAUGCAGAGCGUGGAAAACUUCUGUUUACUCGGAGGAAAAGAUAAUGCAGUUUUUAUCCACGCUGCAAACAGUAACAGCAGUGCCAAUGCUGUUUCAUCAGACUCUUCUUCCAGCAGCACCAGCGCGCCGAUCUUUUCCUUCCUGAUCCAGCACGAGGAGCGGUACCUGCACUACAACUUUGUGUGUGCGGUUUUGAACGACGUGUUUGGAAUCCAGGCCCGCGGCGGGUGCGCGUGCGCCGGACCCUAUGCGCAGAAGCUGCUGGGCAUGUCGGAGGCAGUGAGCGACAGCUUCGAACUCGCCCUGCAAAAGUACGGGUGCGAGGUGAUCCGGCCGGGCUUCUGCCGCUUGUCGCUGCACUACACCAUGACGGAUCGCGAGCUGGAGUUUGUGGUCAAAGCGCUGAAGUGGUGCUGCACGCACGCGUGCGAACUUCUGCCGCUGUACACGUUCGACGUGGAGACCGGGGAGUGGCUCCACGAAGACGACGACCACCAAGCGAAGCGGAACUGGCUCGAAAGUAUGGACUUGUUCAGCGGGCGGGGAGAAGGCACGUUGGGGAAAUCCGUCGCGUUGGCGGGGGCUUCUGCAGCACAAGGAGAAAAAAUUAUGGACAAAAAUUAUAGUAUCGAAGCAUCUUCUGCAGCACCCGUAGAGCCGCCACCGAGCAGACUCAGAACCUUUGAAGAUUUUGAAGUGCAGUUGUUAUCGAAGAUCCGAAUUCCGGCGAAAAACCGGCGCUGGCCCGUGUUAGACGAGCGGGUUGCCGAGUUGUUGUGGUUUUCCUUGCCGCAGGACAUGGUUCCCGAAGACAUGGAGCACGGCCGCCGGAACGCGGGACAGGCGAAAAACAUAUUCGAUCGCACGAGACCUCCUGGCGACCAUGGAAAGAACAAGGCAGCGGGUGGUCUUGUUGAGCGACCAAGUAGAAGCUGCUUCCAGAUCCCCACGACUUUGAUCUCCUCGUCCAGCACUGGAGCAAAUAAAGCCAGUUCUCUCAGCGAAAAAGCAGGGAGUCAUGAGCUACAGAACCUGGACGAGGAUUCCUCGACCGCGAGCACGCCCAGCACACGGGACAGUUCGUCGGACGGAGCGGGUGCCACGUUGAUGUCUUCGCCCAACAAGGAAAGCCGAGCCCGCGCGACAGAGGCUGAAGACGACACGACCUUCCUAGACCUUUCGGACAUCAUGGGGGCGAUGACCUUCGGGGGUGAGGAUGAUGAGAGCGAAGGGAAUUAUACUACGGAUCAGAAUCCCAACAAAGCCACCAGUGCGCCGACACAACCAUCAUCUUCAUCGCACCACCAGGCGAGCGCCGCUACUGCUUUCUGGACCGAGAGCAACGGGAAGUUGGUCCAGAAAUACGCUGCGACCGCGUUGUAUCCGAAGGUGCCGAAGACUCUGCGCGGUCUGGUCGGGCAGGCGAUGAAGGACUUUGAGAUGGUCCAACCGCACGACCGGCUGCUGCUCGGCCUGUCCGGGGGGAAAGACUCGCUGACGCUGCUGCACGUGCUGCUCCACCUGCAAAAGUGCUCCCCCAUCCCGUUCCAGAUCGCCUGCGCGACCGUGAACCCGGAAACCCCGGAGUACGACCCCAGCCCGCUGCGGGACUACUUGAAAGCGUUGAACGUGGAGUACCACGUGCUGUCCAAGCCGUUGAUCGAGCUGGCGAAGGUGGCGAUGAACCCGAAGAAGCCCUCCAUCUGCAGCUUCUGCGCGCGCAUGAAGCGCGGCAUGCUGUACACCUGCAUGCGCGAGCACGGGUACAACGUCCUGGUCCUCGGCCAGCACCUGGACGACCUGGCGGAGUCCUUCCUCAUGUCCUGCUUCCACAACGGCGCGCUGCGGACCAUGAAGGCCAACUACGCAAUCCAGAACCAGGAGGCCGGCGCGAUCCGCGUCAUCCGCCCGCUGGUGUACGUGCGGGAGAAGGUGAUGGCGCAGUUUGCGGAGGAAAACAAACUCCCGAUCAUCGCCGACAACUGCCCCGCCUGCUUCGCCGUGCCCAAGGAGCGCCACCGGGUGAAACUGCUCCUGGCCAAGGAGGAGUUUGUGCUGCACGACCUGUUCUCGAACUUGCUGAAAUCCAUGCGCCCGCUGAUCGCCGUCAAGCACGCGCGGAUCGACGACGACGAGUUUGUGGUGCGGGGCGAGCAGGGAUUUCUGUGCGACAAAAUGAAGAACAACGGAGAGGACGUCGGAAGUAGAAGGCCUAAUAGUUACGACGGGGAUAAAGUAGAUCGUGAUACGAAGAACGAACGGCAAGGCCAGAAACUUGAGUCUUCCACUCGCAUGGUCGAGGGACGAAUAACGGCAGCGGACGAAGACGCCGCCGCAGAGGAAGCUUUGACAAAAUGCGGCGUGGACGGAGGUGCGUGCGCGAGGAGCUUGCCAUGCGCUCGCGGUGCAUUGGUCGACGAGACUGACGGUUUGGAAAAGAACUGAAUUGGUUCUUUUCUGGCAAAAGCGCAAUGCGUCUCGUGACAUUCAAACGAACAAUAACGACUCUGCUACGCACGAAAUAUUAUCUUGCUUCAAAUCAGCAGCGCAACACCAUGAUGCAUCGAAAAAUGUUAUCUAACUAACUGCCCUUCUAU